GAUAGAUUUGGUGACGUCACUGCAACGAUAGUUCUCUAAGUUCAGAUACCGUACAUUUUUAUAAAACUGUCAGAAUUACAUUAUAGAAAGCAAUGUGUUCCUAAUUUCACAUACCUUUAUCUACAUAUUCCAAGUCAGAGUCAAUAACUGUAAUUGAAAUUACCGAUAAUAAUUUAAAAACAAUGUCAAGCUUCACAGCCAUCCGCCUAGCUCUACGAGCUCGAUCAGUAGGAGGAGCUCCUCUGGCAUCAGCCACCUCGACCCGUCUGGUGGUCGCAAGCAGACAUAUGCAUCAAUCGUCAGCGCCACGCUCCCCUUAUAAAGAUGAUAUGGAUCGGGAGUCCCUCAAACCCAAGACGCACGAGUACACGACGAGCGGGACGGACGAGGACGUCGCUGCCAAGCAGGACGCCGCUUUCAACCCGAACAAGACGGAUCCAGACACCGAGAAGAACACCGCCGCCGCCGAGAGCAAUGGUAACCCCUUAGAUGGGAGUCCCGCGGAUAAGGGCUUCGCCGAAGCUGGUAAGGGCAAGUCGGAGGAUAAGGCGUACGGUAAUCAAAAGAAGGCAAGCGUUGCUGGAGAUGCGCCCAAAGGCGGCAAGAUUUAGAUAAGCUACCUGUUCCUGUUGAGAAUAAUGAUCUGGGAGGAGGAACUGGUAUUUAGCCUAGGUGUAUUAUAUUUCGCGCAUCAUGUUUCGCAUUCCACAGUGGGAGUUUAGUAAUUGAAUCAGGUAGUUUUUUUGGUGGAUAUCGACGCAAUCCCAC